GGUCGGAAACCUGCGCGCCGCGCACCUGGGCGGACGCUGCGCCUCGUGAUCGAGGCCGCCUGCGCUCGCCCCGAUCCCGCCUCCCGCCUGCCGGAGCCGCUUCGGGGCGGCGUGGAGCCCGCAGUCAGCAGGGGCAGCGCGCACCCGCCGGGACCAACGCGGCAGCAGAGGCAAAGUUAUUUCCCCUACCCAAGCAGAAAGGUUCCGAUUGGCAAGAUGGUGCCCAGCUGUCCCCGCGCGCUCUUGCUUCUGUUGCUGCUCCUCGUCUGCCCCGAGUCGCGGGGUUCCCAGAACUGCCUCAGCAAGCAGCAGCUCCUCACAGCCAUCCGCCAGCUCCAGCAGCUGCUCAAGGGCCAGGAGACCCGCUUCGCCGAGGGCAUCCGCAACAUGAAGAGCCGCCUGGCUGCACUGCAGAGCUCUGUGGCCCAAGUGGGCCCAGAGGCACCCCCAGUUUCCUGCCCUGCUCUGAAUGCUCCUCCUGAUGGCAGGAAGUUUGGAAGCAAGUACUUAGUGGAUCACGAAGUCCAUUUUACCUGCAACCCUGGGUUCCGGCUGGUUGGACCCAGCAGCGUGGUGUGUCUGCCCAAUGGCACCUGGACAGGAGAGCAGCCCCGCUGUAGAGAUAUCAGUGAAUGCACUAGCCAACCUUGUCAAAAUGGUGGGACGUGUACAGAAGGAGUCAACCAGUACAAAUGCAUUUGUCCUGUAGGGAGGACUGGAAACCGCUGUCAACAUCAGGCACAGACAGCCGCCCCGGAGGGCAGCGUGGCCGGCGAGCCAGCCUUCAGCCGGGCGCCGCGCUGCGCGCAGGUGGAGCGGGCGCAGCAGUGCAGCUGCGAGGCGGGAUUCCACCUGAGCCGCGCCAACGGCCGCGACAGCGUCUGCCAGGAUGUGAAUGAGUGUGAGCUCUACGGGAAAGAGGGACAUCCCCGGCUCUGCAUGCACACCUGUGUGAACACCCCAGGCUCCUACCGCUGCGCCUGCCCAAGUGGGUACCGGACCUUGGCUGAUGGGAAGAGCUGCGAGGAUGUCGAUGAGUGCGUAAACCCACAGCCCGUGUGCCCCCCGGGAACCACAUGCAUCAACACAGGUGGAGGCUUCCAGUGUGUCAGCCCAGAGUGCCCCGAGGGCAGUGGCAAUGCCAGUUAUGUGAAGACGUCUCCCUUCCAGUGUGAGCGAAACCCCUGCCCCAUGGACAGCAGACCAUGCCACCACCUGCCCAAGACCAUCUCCUUCCAUUACCUCUCUCUGCCUUCCAACCUGAAGACGCCCAUCACGCUUUUCCGCAUGGCCACCGCCUCAGCCCCUGGCCGACCCGGCCCCAACAGCCUGCGAUUUGGAAUUGUGGGUGGGAACAGUCGUGGCCACUUUGUGAUGCACCGCUCGGACCGACAGACUGGGGAGCUGAUCCUUGUCCAGACCUUGGAGGGGCCUCAGACGCUGGAGGUGGACGUUGAUAUGACAGAAUACCUGGACCGCUCCUCGCAGGCCAACCAUGUGUCCAAGGUCACCAUCUUCGUGUCCCCAUAUGACUUCUAAGGGUGCCACGGAGGGACCAUGGUGUGGCAGUCUGGGCUUAUUUCUCUUUCCCUAAGACUGAGCAGGGAGCAUGGACCGCAGCAGGCCUCUCUGCCCACCCCUCUUGCAUGCCCAUCUGCCGUUUCACCCAUGGAGUGGCACAGGACAGCCCAAAACCCAAACUGCCACCACCAUGUAUUUUGCUUUAGGGUCCUUCCUCAUGAUUAUGCACUCGCUUUCUCAAAUCGCAUAGGCGGCUUCUCAAGAUGCCUGUGGAUGGCACUGAGUUUUAACUAGCUGGGGAGAGAGAUGACCCUGGUAUGUGUCUCAGAUGACAGUCAAGCCUCCUGUAUUGCUUCAGUCAUUCCUUGUUGGGAAGUGGUUCUAGUCACGCUGGGGAUCAGAUCAUGCGCAGAGCUUGGAGGGGGCCCUCUUAUCACAACCCACCUGUGGUAUUCUUACUCUGUGGCAUGCCUACCAGCCUUUUCUCAAUAAGAGCCAUGGAAGGUCCUGGAACCCCCAAGAAGGUUCUUCUAGAUCAAGGGGCAGUGUUAAAGCAUAGAUUCUGCCUGAAUUGAUUCCCUUUAGAGAAAUCCUAUCUCAAAAGAUAACCUGUUGUUAUAACUGGAGAAAUAAGUUUCUUGCUCCUCCCUGCCUACUUGGCCUGCCCCUGAGCACGAGCUAGCCCAAUGCCUUCUAGGAAAGGAUAACUGAUCGUCUUUCUAGGCUGGACCGCUGGCUUAACUAGGUAAGAAAGAAAACACAAAGUUGAUGUUGGGACUGCUCUACCAAUAGAAAUUUGCCAUGGCCAAAUCAGAAGAAGGCAUUGGUAAGGAAGGUAGUAUCUGGCAACAGAUUAUUUAAGAAAAUGCUUGCAUGGCCAUUGAUUACAGAGAUGAUGCCCUCCAGGUGAAUGAGAAAAGAAAACUCUGGCUGAAGCCAGGAAUGGACUGGGAGAAACCAUUAAGUUCAAACGGAGCUAGCAGAGCGGUGAAGAUGUAUCCAUAUCCAAAAACAAUUUAAGUGUGAUUGCAUCACAUUUCAUUUAAUAGUUCUUUGUCUUGGGGCAAGAUGGAGCUAGAGAAACAUGUUGCUUCUUUAGUGAUCAAAGCCUAAAUCAAGGUGGUUUCUGAGACACCUUAUUUUGUCAGCAAAGAGAGAGACACAAUCAAGAGUUGCUUUUGAACUUUUCCACCCAGCAAAGGAAUAAUGUAGUUUUCUGGGUUGUUUCAAGACUUUAUUAAAACUAUUAUCCACAGUCUCAUGUUUCCAGUGGUGCUAUGAUGGGGAUCAAGUCCAUACUCCAUCCAAUCCCUGCACAGAACACCAGAGCCCAGGGGCCUGGCCAUAUUCCUGAAAAGGUGUCCCACCUCUGUGCUCUUCCUUCUGUAAAGCGUGUGGCAGCAGUUGAGAGGGAGAUGCUUCUUACCUCCCAGUAAGUGAGGAAUCAUUUGGGGUCUAUAGAACAGGUGCCUCACCUAAACCAGUGUACAAUGAUAAUGUGGAUGCCAAACAGGUUGGGCAUAGAGUGGCCUGCAUCGCCAAGAUCUGCCAUUGUCAACAAGCCUCCUUCCAUUUGUGAAAUCCCAUCUGAGGCCCAGUCCCCUCAGCCUCAACAUAAUAAGGCCCAGCUGCAUGGGUCCUUCCACGCUAAGUAAUACCUUGCUCUCGACAACUUCACAAUUCACUUUCUCUUAAGUGGAAACCAACUUUCUGGCCCUUUCAAAGCACCAAUCUGCUCUAGGUUAGAGUAAUAAUAAUCAACAGUUACUAGUUUAUUCCCCUUUCCAGGUAAUAUAAUUUUGUAUUAUCUGGUUGGGAAUCUUUAAAAACUUUUUAUUAUGUACAAUUGCAAACAUAUACAAAACUAGACAGAGUAAUAUAGACGCCAUGUUCAAGUCACCAACUUCAACAAUAAACAAAGCCAAUUUUGUUUCAUCUCUAUUCUUGCCCCAUCCCAUGAUUUUGAACAGAUCCUGGAUAUUUUGUCAUUUCAUCUGUAAAACAUUUCAGUAUAUAUCUCUAAACAAUAAAGAUUUUUUU